GGCGGGACUUCCGGCGGGAGGAGGAGGAGGAGCGGGAGGCGCGUGCCGGCAGGUGCGGCGAGGCAGGACUCGGGCUCCGUUGCCGCCUCUCCGAGCCCCCGCGACACCGACCUCUGGGCCAGGAUGGCUCGGGGCGAGCGGCGGCGCCGCGGAGCACCGGCAGACGGAGCGCGGACAGCUGAGAGGGCGGCUCGGGGCGGCCCUGCGCGACGGGACGGCCGGGGCGGCGGGGCCCGGGGCGCGGCCGGGGGAGCGGCUCUGGCCGUCGUGGUCCUGUCUCUGGCCCUGGGCCUGUCGGGAAGCUGGCUGCUAGCGUGGCACCGUGCACGGCGGGCCGUCACGCUGCACUCCGCGCCCCCGGCGCUGCCUCCCGACUCUUCCAGCCCCGCUGUGGCCCCGGACCUCUUCUGGGGCACCUACCGCCCUCACGUGUACUUCGGCAUGAAGACCCGCAGCCAGCAGCCCCUGCUCACUGGUAACCGGGCCCCGGGGCGGGCGGGCAGGCGGACUCUUAAUCUGGGCGCCCCAGCUUCACGCCAGAGCAAGGGUGGGGAGGAGUGGAUCAGGAGAGUUAUGAAGAGGGAUGACCCUGGAGUUCUCGGAGAUCCAGAGGGACAGGUUCCCUGCUCUCUGACUUACGUGGCCAUUCUACCCCCAGGAUUGAUGUGGGCACAGCAAGGCGCCACCCCAGGGACCCCUAAGCUCAGGCACACGUGUGAGCAGGGGGACGGCGUGGGUCCCUAUGGCUGGGAGUUCCACGACGGUGUCUCCUUCGGGCGGCAACACAUCCAGGAUGGGGCCUUAAGGCUCACCACUGAGUUCGUCAAGAGGCCUGGGGGUCAGCACGGAGGGGACUGGAGCUGGAGAGUGACUGUAGAGCCUCAGGCCUCAGGUAUCUCUGCUCUCCCUUUGGUGUCCCUGUUCUUCUAUGUGGUGACAAAUGGCAAGGAAGUCCUAGUGCCAGAGGUUGGGGCCAAGGGGCAGUUGAAGUUCAUCAGUGGGCACACCAGUGAACUUGGUGACUUCCGCUUUACACUUCUGGCACCAACCAGUCCAGGGGAUACUGCCCACAAGUAUGGCAGCUACAACGUCUUCUGGACCUCCAACCCAGGACUUCCCUUGCUGACAGAGAUGGUGAAGAGUCGCCUAAAUAGUUGGUUUCAGCAUCGGCCCCCAGGGACCUCACCUGAACGCUACCUUGGCUUGCCAGGAUCUCUGAAGUGGGAGGACAGAGGCCCAAAUGGGCAAGGACAGGCACAAGGGCAAUUCUUGAUACAACAGGUGACACUGAAAGUCCCCUUUUCCAUGGAGUUGGUGUUUGAAUCAGGCAGUGCCCGGGCAGGAGGAAGCCAAGCCGUGGAGCAGCUGGCAGGCAGCCGGCUGACGCAGGCCCUGGAGAGCCAUGCUGAAGCCUUUAGAGAGCGCUUUGAGAGGACCUUCCGGCUGAAGGAGAAGGGCCUGAGCCCUAAGGAGCAGGCUUUGGGUCAGGCUGCCCUCAGCGGCCUCCUUGGUGGGAUUGGCUAUUUUUACGGACAGGGUCUGGUGUUGCCAGAUAUGGGGGUUGAGGGGUCUGAGCAGAAGGUGGACCCAGCCCUCUUUCCACCUGUCCCUCUUUUCACAGCGGUGCCCUCUCGGUCAUUCUUCCCACGAGGCUUCCUUUGGGAUGAGGGCUUUCACCAGCUGGUGGUCCAGCGGUGGGAUCCCCGCCUCACUCGGGAGGCCCUAGGCCACUGGCUGGGGCUGCUCAAUGCUGAUGGCUGGAUUGGGCGGGAGCAGGUGCUGGGGGAUGAGGCCCGAGCCCGGGUGCCCCCAGAAUUCCUGGUGCAACGGGCAGCCCACGCCAACCCCCCAACUCUGCUUUUGCCUGUAGCCCACAUGCUAGAGAGUGGUGACCCUGCCGACUUUGCCUUCCUCCGCAGGGCCUUUCCCCGCCUGCAUGCCUGGUUCUCCUGGCUCCAUCAGAGCCAGGCAGGGCCAGUGCCACUAUCUUAUCGCUGGCGGGGCCGGGACCCAGCCUUGCCAACCCUAUUGAACCCCAAGACGCUGCCUUCAGGGCUGGAUGACUAUCCCCGGGCUUCACACCCUUCAGCCACUGAGCGGCACCUGGACCUGCGGUGCUGGGUGGCACUGGGUGCCCGUGUGCUGAUGCGGCUGGCAGAGCAGCUGGGAGAGGCUGAGGCAGUGGCAGAACUGGGCCCUUUGGCUGCCUCACUGGAGGCAGAGGAGAGCCUGGAUGAGCUGCACUGGGCCCCAGAGUUAGGAGUCUUUGCAGACUUCGGGAACCACACAAAAGCAGUGCAACUGAAGCCUCGGCCCCCUCAGGGGCUGGUGCGAGUGGUGGGCCGGCCCCACCCUCACUUACAAUAUGUGGAUGCCUUGGGCUAUGUCAGUCUUUUUCCUUUGCUGCUGCGGCUGCUGGACCCCAACUCAUCCCGCCUUGGGCCCCUGCUGGACGUUCUAGGUGACAGCCGCCAUCUCUGGAGCCCUUUUGGCUUGCGCUCCCUUGCAGCCUCCAGCCCCUUUUAUGGCCAGCGCAAUUCAGAGCAUGAUCCCCCCUACUGGCGGGGUGCUGUGUGGCUCAAUGUCAACUACCUGGCCUUGGGGGCUCUCCACCACUAUGGACAUCUAAAGGGUCCCCACCAGGCCCGGGCUGCCAAGCUCCACAGUGAGCUCCGUGCCAAUGUGGUGAGCAAUGUGAGGCGGCAGUACCAGGCCACGGGUUUCCUGUGGGAGCAGUACAGUGACCGGGAUGGGCGAGGCAUGGGCUGCCGCCCUUUCCACGGCUGGACCACCCUUGUCCUACUGGUCAUGGCUGAAGACUACUGAAGGGCUAGGAUGGGAAGGGAGCCGGGCCCUUGUGCCACUGCACUAGAGGGACACAGUCUCUAGCUUCUGUCCCCAGCCUUCAGAUACCAGUGCUUCAAACCCUCUUCAGCUCAUCUCAGGCGUCUCCUUACUGUCAUCCCACAUAGCCCUGGGAUGAAAGUGAAUUCAGAGUCUAUUUUUCUAAAUAAAUUGGAAAACCAU